UUUGAAACUCGACAAGCCGCAACGCUUCAUCCACAAUGGCCGAGCCAGUUGAGCGCCGAACUUAUACUGGCGGAGUGCGUUGUGGCACGCGCUCACAUCCCCGCACCUUGCUAACAAAGCCGUUCUUACAAACGGCAACUCCGUGUACAGAAGAAAGGGGCCGAGCGCCAUACUGAGCCAAGUGAGCAACCAUCGUCAAACCGGCGUGUCUCGAUACCAGAUUUCCGUUCUAUAAUUCAGUUACUUACAACAAUUUCGACAAAAUUUUCGCAUGAGAAGAAGCAGAAUUUUCGAUAGCUACUACUGGUGGGAGUAUUGAUUAUUGAAGAAUGGCUAGCAAGACGGUAGAGCCACCAGGAUCCAAAGAGAUUGGCCUGGACAGUAGCCAGCUUCUACCUCCAAUGCACACUUCCAGGAGGGGUCUUCAACAAGUCCUGGAUCUCUUCCGAAAUGCCACACCAAGCCUCAAGCAGAUCCUACUCCAGGAGGCAGAUAUCAUCUAUGAGUGCAGGGUAUGCAAAGGCCUCUUCCGUGGUCUCGUCAACUUCAUCGAGCACAAGAGAUCCUACUGUAAGUUGCUCUCUGGAAUAGACCAACACUGUGCCACAAAGACCCUGGGUCUGAACAUGAGGGAUCUCUUCCCCAACGAAGAUGCAGCAGCCCCGCAGGUCGAACCCCAACCGCCUACUGGCUCACCUGUAAACGAGAGGGGAGUGCCGAAGAGGAACUUGGUGACAACGGUCAUCAAUGAUCAGUCCUCUGAGGUCGGCAAUGCCAAUGCUUACCUGAUACUUCGACCUAUCCCAAGUACCACUGAAGCCAUUGAACAACAGGUGGUAAGGUCUGAUCACAUCAUCCAUCAUGAUGAGCUGGAGAAAAUGAGUGUAUUUGCUCCAAAGGGAGAGGGAGACGACACUGCAAAGAUAGUUGGUGAGAUAGCCAUUCGUCAGGCAACAAAGAACGCCAAAAUAAGCCGGGUCGAAAAACGGGAAACUCUUCAUAGUCUUGUGAAGGGCUUUGGUGGCACAGCCUGUACUAGGAGAGAACUGUUUGAAGAAGAGGAUAGUUCUGAAGAGCCAAAGGCUCCUGUUGGGAAGGAUUCCGACGGAGGUAGGAAAAGUGGAACUCCCAAGAAGGUUAUAGGACUGGCUGUACAUCCGGGUAACCCACUGCAAGAGCCAAAAGAAAAGAAUCUACCGGGUACUGUAGCGUGCCAACCAACCGAGUGCCAGAUUUGUAAGAAGAAAUGCAAGAACUGGACAGCAUUAGCUUGGCACAUGAGGAUCCACAAGAGACCAAUAUUCAAGUGCUCUCUUUGUCGUUACAGCUCAGUGUCGGUGUACAACCUACGUAGGCAUAUGCUAACAAUGCACCAUCUGCCAACUACAAGGGUUGAUGAACUCCUCAGUAGAAAAGUGGAACAGCAGAAGAUCCUGCAUGAGGGUCGUGAGAAGGAGGCCAUGAAACAAGGUGAGGGUAGCUCUUUGCCAACCUGUGAUGUUUGCUUCAAGACCUUUGCCAAUCGACGCAAUGUGCUCCGCCACAAGGAGAUCCACCGUCGUGAGCAGCUCAGCUCUGAUCUCAAUCGCGGCAGCGUGCCACAGACGCCUUCGCGAGAGGAGAUUGCUAGAAACAAGGUCAUGCAGAUCAUGGAUGAGAAGAAGCUGAAGUGCCGACGCUGUCAGAAGCAGCUAUCAACCAUGAGGAGGCUGCAACAGCAUUGCUGCAAUCACUUUGGAUUCAAUCGAUACCGGUGCAUGCUCUGUCCUUACGAAAAUAAUGACUACACUCAGAUGAGGAGGCACAUGAUGGGAAAACAUGGAAGGCAAUUCCGCACUAUCCAUCAGAUCUCUGAAGCAAUCCGGAAUAUGAAGAUUGGAAUUUGGGUGAACCUUGUUCAGAAUGGAAAUGGUUCCAACAAUGAUGAAGUUGUUGGCCCCAGUCCUAAAAAAUCUAAAGACUUGAAUGACUCUAAAAUGACUGCUGUGAAAGGCAAAUGUGAUAAUGUUAUGACACCAAAGAUAUUGGAGAUUGAGGACACAUCAGAUCUCAAUGGCAAUGAUGUAGAAAUGGAAGAUAUUGCAUUAGGAAUGGAAGGCCAAGAUGAAAUCGAAGAUGAGGAAAAUGAUGAAGACAAUGAGGAAGAGGAAGAGGAUGAGGAAGAAGAAGUAGAUGAAGAUGAAGAUGGGGAGGAGGAGGAGGAGGAGGAAGAAGAGGAUGAAGAAGGGGAAGAGGAGGAGGAGGAGGAGGAUGUUGAAAAUGAAAAACAAAAGGUAGCAAGUAAUAAAGAGUCUGUCAAAAAUGGAGGAAGAUCUGUGAAAUCUCAAUCAAACAAAGAGAACAAAGUUGUCCCAAAGACUCCCUCAAAACAGUCCGUAGUCAACAGUACUGCAGCCAAGGAUAUCCUGUUGACCCCUCCGAGUAGCAAUGGAGCCCGCAAGAGCCCCGAACCCACUCCAAGCAGGGAUAUGCCUAUCAGACAAGCCAGGUUGAACCACCAAAGUGUGUCUCCUCGUAAUCAAGCAGAGAAGACCCAAGGAGAGAAGGCGAGUGCUGAGAAGACUCAGCAGGUCAAACGAGACCUGACCAAAACAUCCGCUGAAAAGUCAAAAGGAAGCAAAGGCGAGAUGGACGAGGAAGAUAAGAACACUCUGGAACUGUUGAUGGACAAGCGGUUGGUGCGAUGCCUCAAUUGCAACAAGCGGUAUCAGUACCUCAGCUCCUUGCAGCGACAUGUCCGCAUUCAUCUCCUGCGCAACGAGACAGACAUGCCACAUUCGACUGCGACAAAGAACCCGGCAGACACCUCCAAGAAACACCGUGCCAUCAAGUCUCUCAUCAACACCAAUCUCUUGAAGUGCUUGAAGUGUAGGAAGCGCUUUGAAAGCAUGUGUUCCCUGAAGCGCCAUGUUGCAAGGCAUCUUGGCUACAGUAGCUUCAAGUGCAAGUACUGUGGGUAUUUGUCGCGGAACUACACCUGGUUCAAGCAGCAUCUUAAAAUGAAGCAUGCUGAUCGAAUCUCUGACAUGAAUCAGAUGGGUAACCUGAUUGGUAGUAUGAAGACCAAGAAGUGAAUGCAAUGUAUCUGAACUCUUUAUUGUAGUGUCACCUUGUAAGAUUUUGCACUGCAUUUGGUGUGUGAAAUUCAACAUAUCCUUUUAUUUUGGCAUCACAGUUUUCUUAGGUGAUUUAUUUUAUUUUAUUUCCUACCAUUGAGGGAUACCCUCUGAAAGUUAGUCAUGUAUGGCAAGUGUGGACGUUCAAGAUUGUUGAUGCUGAUAGGAAAUGAUCUUUCAGUCUAGUGUGUAAUGAAGGAGAUCUGCUUGAAGUUCCUACAGCUGUUGAUCAUCAAUAACUUGAUUCUUAUUCCAAGGUACACUUGCAGGUGAUAUAUCAGAAUUUCUGUUUAUAGAGGAUUUUUUCUCUAUAGAAAUCAGGAACAAUGAUUAUAGUCCCAUCUAUCAAGGUCUAUGUGAGUCCUGAUACAAAAACAGGAAAAUUAAAGUGAAAGAUUUAAGUUGAGAUAUCUAGAGAUCUUGGCAAAUACAUGUUUGCAUUUUUUCUUGGGCAGACCAACAGAAUUGUCUGAAACUUUCGUUUUGUAACAAAACAGUUACCAUUUAGACUUUUGUAGAGCUCAUUAUUAAACUGGAACACAUGUUGAAUUAAUGUGCAGUGAAAAAAGGACAUUAUAAUGGUACAUUUUCCACAUUUGUGUGUUGCUGUAUGAUAUGAAAUUAUUGAUAUGCACAUGUUUGGAUUUAAUGUUAUCAAUAUGGUGUCUUGAUAUUUUUAUUUUGAUCAGUUUUUUCUGUGCAUCUGGUUAUCCAAACCAGAGAGCUUAUAUUUCUUAAGAGAAUACACACUCUACACUUCUGUAGUAUGCCAAACAGAAACUCAAGGGUUUGAUUGUGUGAAGAAGGAAACUCAUAUCAUGUUUAAUACUCAAAUGAUGCAUGCAUAGAAGAGUUGGCUAAGUAAGCCCUCUCUAAAUUUAACCUCUGUCCAAACGUACAUAAAUUUGUGUAGACCUGCAAUGUGUUUUAUGUAAGUUGUGAUAUUCGUCUAAAUUUUAAGCUUGGAUGAACCAGAUGAGAUUUGAUGUAGCGCACCAGCAUGUACAAGUAUACAAUUCAGUAUGAAAAUCAGCAGCUAAUGCCAAAAUAUCUGAUGGCACAGGAGGCUUUGGACUGUUCUGUACAUUUGAGGGUGAAAAGUUAAGAAACGGCCAGUAUUCAAUUAAUUACUAGAAUCGUAUAAGUAAAAUGACUCAAGACUUAUUCAGAUCACAUUUAAGUACUCUAUCUUAAUACAGGCGAGCCAACUUAAAGCCAAAAUACUUACUGAUGGCCAUUGAGAUGUCACAAAACCAAUCCAAAAUAAUGCGAAACGAACAUGUUACGUUAAAUCCACGCUAAUAUAACUAUGCACAGCUCAGGAUGAAAUUGUAUUUGGCUUAAACUUGGUAGGAAGUCGUCUUAAACUUGAAAUACUAAGCCAGAAGCUUCAACCAAAUCCAGAAGCUGGCAAAGUAUUCUAUAUAAGCUGAAAAAUGAGUACAUAGUCUGACAUGAGUAUUGGAUUGAAUGAUGGCCCUGUAUGAAGAAGAAAAAAAAAUUCCCUUACAAGUUAACUAUCUCAGAAUGAAACUAAUUUUGAAUGGCAUAUCAAUUUUUUCUUCUGAUGAAAAUAUAAAGAGUGAAAGAGAGGAAGAGGAUAGCAAUGGAAGCUGUAGACCUUACAACAAUGUGCUGUGUUUUGUCGCAGAGGUUCUCUUUUGGUUCAUCCUGCCUUAUUAUUUGGGAGGCACAACAUAGAUAACGAGCUCGGCCCAAAAAUAUACUAAUACAUGUAGAUGCGAAAUUAUGCAUUCCAAUUUUUUCUUCUAAGGAUUACUACCGGUAGUUACUCCAAAUUUGAAGACAUGCUCAUUGUGUAGGUACCAGGGGGAGGGGGGGGGGGGGGGUCUUUUGCAAAGUGUGAAGCAUUGAGAUCAAAGUUGUUUGUGAACCAACUUUUCCAUAAUUCAACCAUAUUUUGUAAAUAAUUUGCAAUUUUUGCCUUCUUUUCGUAAGUUGUUCUUGCCAAGAAUAGGUAAAACCCUGAUGCUAAGUUUAUUUUUUAUACAAAUGUUUUAUAUUUUGCAUCUUUCGAAUAUAAUUCCAUGCUAUUCUACGAGUACAUGUUCAUGUUAAACACUGUAGAAUAUCAAUUGUUGCAGUGCAUUUCAUCAUCUUCUACUGUCUAUAUGAAAUAAUAGUGUGAAUGCUUUACUGUUCAGAAUCGAGACUCUACUCUCUUUCAUGUACAUGUAUAUACUCAAAGUGUUUGUACCGAACCAUUUGUAUCUCCCUCAGUAAGGGUCCAUGUAUCAAUGUUAUAUCUAGACAACUAAAGGCUUGAUCACAUAUGCCUUGGUGAGCUGUCAUGGUUUACCCCACAGUUUUGUUGUUGUUUUGGUUUAGUGUACUUCACUUUACAUUUUUGCAAUUUGUAAUCUUAUAACACACCCACAUUUAGAAACUAUGAAGAGAAAAUAGUUUGUAAGAAACACUUUGUAAAUUAAGAGAGUUGAAAAAUGUUAACUUGGGCAAUACCAAACUUUUUUCUGCAUCAAAAGUCAUUACUUUUUCUCUUAGACUGAAACAAAUGGUCUCGUUGGUCUUUAUUGUUUCUUAGCGUUUACAAAGUCUAGAAUAGGAGUGAUUUAUUUUUCAUGAAUAGGGAUCACAAAGCUGAGCUUACAUGUCAAGAGAAAGUUAAAAAGUAAAUUCAAUCAUUCUGUCAUGAUUUAACAAAAAACAUUAAAUUUGUCAGGAUGUUUUCCGAUAUGGAGAUGCCAUUAAAAGACAUGUUUAUGAAGUGAAUUGAAAAAGAGAAAUGUAGCAGUCAGUUUAUGCAUGGAUGCACAGUAAUUUGUUAACCAUGAUGUCUCAGUUUUGUGUAUUAUCUGCUUGUACAUGCGGGCUAAAAUGUACAGAAGCAAAAGUCAAAAGAUAUUGAAACUAUCAUGUAGAAGAGGAGUUUAUGACUACGAUGUUCAUUACUGUUUUUUUGUAUAUUUUGUAUAUUAUUUUUUAUAUUCAGUGCAAUCAGUUUUUCUUUUUCGAUUUGAAAAGAUGAUUAACAAGACAUUGUAUCAACUUGUACAGGCUGAUUUUUGCUAGGAUUAUGUCAUAUGAAGACAGAUUAGAAUUGUGUCAUAACUAGGUGGGAAUUUGCACAACUUUGACACAUGUACUGCAUACAUGUAAAUGCACACAUCAUGUGUAAUAGGAAUGUAGUACAUGUAUAACAUAAAGGUUAUGCUAUCAUAAAGUGGAGUUAUGACAGUCUGUUUUUUUCUUUCUAAUGAAGUUUAGAUUAGCACAAGACUUGUUCCACUUUUAAUAUUUAAUCUUGAGUAACAUUAGUGGUAUUGGAAUUGCAUUUUGAGAAAAAAGUGGCUCAUCUUAUUCUUAAUUGCCUGGAUGGGUUGAUUAUAGUGUAGCAAAAUGUAAACAGAAAUGGAAAGGAAAAAAAAAAUUAGAGGAAAAGAUCAAAACUUGCUGGAAGUCACAUUUAUUGAUAUGCACAGCCCACAUUUGCACAAAAAGAGAAUAUAUGCUGUUCACAUUGGUCAAGACAAUUAGCUUGAUUUGUUGUAUUUUUUUCUCUCUUACUCAGCCAUUACAUAUUUUUACCAAAAUGUCUGGCAGAUAUCAAUAACAGUUUCUUUGAUUCUCUGAUAUAUCAUUUUCUGCCAUUUUCAGAACUCAAGAUUACCUUAUGGCCUGUAACUUUGUAUUUCUUGUAUGGUUACUACUAAUCAGAAGAAGCUAAUCAUCAUGGAUGGAUGUUAAUGAAUGAUAAUUAUAUUACAGAAAUCCUUGCUCAUGCCUUGAUGAAAAUUGGCAACUCUAUGGCUGCAUAUUAGGAGUUAACUAUUCAUAAAUUGUGCAGUCUUCAUAUAAUUUGUAAAGGCAUGUAGUGAACACUUGUGAUGGUAUGGAAAUUGAUAUUGAACUUUACAUCUUGUGUUCAUACGUUAUUGAGCGAAAUUCAGGUUUACCAGGUUAUUGCUAACCUAUAGCUAAUAUCACUCCAUGAAGGAAAUCAAAUGCUUUACUUAAACCAUGGUAUACUUAGUUUUAACUAAUGUUUGAUGUCAUUUUGCAACUAUUCACAGAACUGAUGUCUGCAAAGUAUUCUAUGGCAGACUUAUUUGAUUUAUUUGAACAAAAUAUGUUAAGAUUUAUACUCAGAAUAGUGCAUUUUUGGGUGCAGUUGUAAUGAAAGAGAAAAAGCAUAAUUAUUCCAAUCAUAUUUGUAUUAUGGAUUUGUUGUUGUUGAUGAUUGCUUAAAUUCUUGUUUUUAUGACCUAUACUAGUAUAUAAUGUAACAUUACUCAGAAUCACAUCAGUCUGUGGAAUAAACUUUUUGCUUGUAGGUUAAAACUAAAAUUAUUUACUUUUUCCCCCUCUCACCCUCCCUUGAUCAGUUUUUUUUUAUUGAAAAAUGAAUGGUAUUGAUUUGAGUCAUGUAUUUUAGAAUGUAUUUUUGCAAUAUUUGUAUUAUUAAUCAAGAGAGCUCUAAUAGCCGGAUUCAGAAACUAUAAAUCAAUUAAAAUGCAUGUACUGGUAUUCAGAAUUUGUUUGUUGUCAUGAAAUUCUUUAAAGAAUAAUUUCACAAAGACUUGGAGUAAUCAGUCUUCACAAAAAAAUGUGUUAUUGCCAACAUGAAUUAUGAAGAUUGAAGAAAAACAAAACAAUGUAUUUAAAUGCUGUUGAUUUUGAGGUUGAUUCUGUGUUUAGUUGAAUUUUAUACAAUGAAUUAAAGCAUUGAGAUAGUUUUAGAAAGUGUUUUAAACAGACAAAUUGAAAUACAAGCACCAGGUUUCCUUGAAAAGCUUGUUAACUGCUCGACUUCAAGAACAUAAAAUGUGUAAGGGAAAAUCUUGCUUUUUUAUGCAAAAAAGUUCCUUUUAAUUAAAAAAAGGUGCAUUUGAUUACUUGAAAUUAUAGUUGUGGAUUUACCAAAUGGAUUAUGAAUUUACAGUUGAUUUGAUCGUUUGUGGUAACUAUUAAUAUUUGAUUCUUUUGUAAUCGUGUUUUAUAAGCAUCAGGAAUAUUGGUAUGUCACUUAGAUUAAGCAUUUGUCAUUUGUUCCCUUGAAUCUUGCAGUUACUUCAAUACCCAAUGUGGUAGUGCUCCAUGUAUUAUUAAUAAGAUAAAUCCAGAGCCGAUUAUGAAUCUAUAACACAUGUAUUAAAAAUCAUUGUGGAACUCUCAACAUUUAGAAGCAUUCAUUUAAACAAGACCAAAAAUCUGAUACAAAUAAUUCCUUGUAUACAGUUAGUACAUAUGAAUUUAAAAAUGAAUUGACAAUUACCCCCAAAAUUUAUUCGUUAGCAUCCUGAUAAGCCCGGUUUGGCCUGAUUUAUUGUUACAUGCAUUGUGAUGUACUACCAUUGUUAGAGAGUCUGAAGAAAGAAACAGCUGUACAAAAUGUUCUGUUCUAGUUGAUUCCGUACAGUAUUAAUGUUAUGCAUGUAGUCAAGUUUGAAAGAGUUUAAAAGGUUGGGAAAUUUUCCUGGACAAAUUUAAUUUGAUUAAUAUGUGUUAAGCUGAGUGUAUCACCAGUGGAUAUACAUUAAAAUAUUUCACAAAAGAA